AUGAUGCGGAAACAACGCAAAGCCGCUGCCGCCGCUGCUGCCGCCGCUGCCCCUGUUGCAGCCGACCCUUCAAGCAGCUCCGCAGCAGCCUCUCCUGCGAUUAAUAGUAGCACGUCUCGCUCCUCAUCUUCAACUCAGCACCGUCUGAGCUCAUUAUCAAGUCGCGACAAGGAACUGCCCAUUCUUCCUCCCAGUACAAGUCGCACCACCAGUAACGAUCGCCCCCCCACUCUACGAACCCAAAGCGAUACCGCACCUGCUGGCCGCCAAGUCAGAUCACAACUUCCACCUCCUGUCACUCCGCAGCAACCCAAAGCAUCUCACAGACACACUCGCUCAGUAGGAGAGGGGACAUUUACUGGACCCACCGAGGCUGCUUCACAGGAGGUUCCCCCUGAAAUCACUGCAACAAGCCCUCCAAUCGGAGUUUCGGAAUCAUUUGCAGCAGAACUAGAUACGCUAGGAACGAAAGAUUGGGGUUUAGAAAUGCCUGUCGCUCCCGAACCUGUAUUGCCCUCUACGGUCCUUGGUGUGCCCAUUCAACUCGAAAGUCCACCGUCUCGCUCACCCAACAGAUCUCCUGGUAAACAAGCUCCCAUCACAGAUCGGAGCUCUCCAACACAAUCAGACGGUUCAAUUUAUUCACCUAGAGCAGUGGCCCCCGACUCCCCCUCUCCGACACGACCGAUGCGCUCACCCACUCGAUCACCAAAUCGCUCACCUACGCGUCCAGUGAUUGACGAUGUACCACUUCUUGCCACUCCUAAUGGUGAGCGCCUACCUAAGGCCUGGACCCAAGAUACUCCAGCCGGCGUCACCGCAGCUGCCCCUAGCCCAUCCGCUUUUGCGGCAAUCGAGCGCACCCCCCACUCGGUUUCCAGCGGCCAAAGUACUCUGCAGGAAAGCAACCAUGAACUAGAGACCCAGCGAGAAGAAUUGGCAGUACCGUUCCGGUCAAGCAGAAGGGCAGCAUCGCCGAAUCGUCUUGUGGAAUCUACUUCGUCAAUAUCGAUUGCCGCAUCGCUUUCACCCCGCAAUUGGCCCCGGACUGGAGCAGAAAUGCCUGCAGCAGAUGACAGUAAUGAUAUUGAUCCUAGUGGUCUUAUGCAGGCUCUUAUUCGUUCCCGCGAACGCAUUAGCGAGCUCGAGCACCUUCUGGAACGGGAGCUUCAAACCAGCAAACUUGCUGCCGUGGAAGAGGAUCCCGCAGAAUUGUCACGACAUAUUUUUGAACGAAGGCAAACACUUGCAGGACUUGAAGCUCAACAAAAAGUGGCCAGUGAGGAACUGCGGGCAACACGAGCCGGUACAGAUGCCGAAGAAUUCUUAUCUGCCCUCACCAAACAUAAAACCGAACUUUUGGGGGAGAUUGAAUCGUUAACUACAGAAAGAGACUCUUUGAGGGCGCAGGUGGCUGAGCUUGUCGCUAAACGUGAUCAAGCGCUGGAAGAAUCCUCGAUUCUCAACACGAAAAAUAGUCAAUUGGUCGAUAUGAACAAUGAACUCCUCAAGCAAACGCUUGAAAAGUUUGGGCCCAAUACGCUAUGGGGUAGUAGUCUUUCGGUUAGCAGCGGCCCAUCGUCGUCUACCGCCGCGAAUGCAAUGUCCCCAGUUCCUUCACGAGAGCGCAAGCAGCGAGUCAAACGCAAGGAGAUCGCCGCACCUGAAGCAGAGUACGGUGUGCCUUACAGUGGAACAACAGGCAGUCAAGAGCGGUUGGUUGACAACACACCGAAAAGCCCGCAAUCGGCCCGGUAUCCUGGUGGCGAUAAUAAUCUGGUCACAGUUCUUGACGCUCCUACUCAAAAGCAGCGGAAGAACCUGUGGCCAUUCCGGCGUCCAGGUAAGGGACUGACUAGAGUGUUCGCUCAAGAAGUGACUGUCGGAGAUGUUGAUUCACAAGCAGUCACGGUUUUGUCCGGCAGCUCGGGCCCCACGUUGCCGUCGUCUUCUUCAGCCCUGACUUCAUCAACCGUUGGCCCUGCCCCUGGUGGACAGCCAAUGCUUGGAGAACUCCUCGAAGCACGGUGUGCAAUGGAUCAAACACCAGUACCAAAAAUAGUCACAAGGUGUCUUAAUGAAGUGGAAAAACGAGGGUUGGACACGGAGGGCAUUUAUCGCAAGUCGGGAUCGAAGCUGCAGAUUGAUCAAAUCCUUGGCUACUUUGAAUCGAACUCCGAGCUUUUGGAAAGUGACCUAGGAAAAGAUAUCACUGCGGUGACUUCUGCCGUCAAACAGUACUUACGGUAUCUUGCCGAUCCUAUCAUCCCCUACGCCCACUACAAUGCUUAUGUGCAAGCCGGCCGAAAACACGACCUCAGCGAGCUUUAUGUCGUGGUAAAGAAUCUCCCGCCUGCUCACUAUGCGACAUUAGAGGCAAUUGUCCAGCAUCUUGCACUGGUUGCUGCCAACGAAAGCAAAAACCUCAUGAACAGUCGGAAUCUUGCCGUGGUGUUUGCACCCACGCUUGCCCGCGACCAAACAGGCGAACGAGAAGUCUCCGAUAUGCAAGCACGAAACGACGCAACCCAGAUGCUUAUCGAUAACCACGAUAUGUUUGAGUAA